AUGUCACACCCCAAAACUCCAUCGCCACCACAUCAGCCACCCUUCUCCCCUCCGCCGCCUCGUGUAACUUCCUCUCUGUGCAAACAGAGUUCUUGGUCGCCCGACUCCUACCGCGACGAGGCGUGGCUUCGGCGUAAGGAUCGGCGUAACCGUCGGAGCAAAAGCGUCACCGACGAGGAUUUAGAUGAACUGAAGGCCUGCAUAGAGCUUGGAUUUGGAUUUGACUCUCCCAGAAUGGACCAGAGGCUGUCUGAUACUUUUCCGGCUUAUGAACUUUACUAUUCAGUGAACAAACAUUACAACGAUUCUAUUUCAAAGCCGCCGCUGCCGCCAUUAUCUUCCGCCACCUCCGAGUGCGAUACGCCAUCUCCCCUUGGAAGCCCUCACACCAUUUUUGGCCCCGGGGAUAAUCCACAAACGGUGAAGACAAGGUUGAGACAAUGGGCACAAGUGGUUGCUUGUGCAGUGCGUCAAUCUCCAAGUUGA